AUGUACACCGAAACGAGCGUCGAUCCCGAUCCGAAACAUCCGGCCCGUCAAUCGCAACCAUUCCCCACGAUAACGAAACCCUAUUUGGUUGGAUUUUUUAGCCUCAACUAUGACCGGAAGUUCGAUCCGACGGCGGUGCAGCUUAAGUACGUUACCCUUCCACCGGGACCGAGGACGGAUCUGCGUCUCGAUCUCAACGAAGGCUUUAAGAUCCGCCGCCCGAAACCGGACAGCGCGCAGGACGAAAAGAUCGACAUGCUGCUUACCUUCAUCCGCCAGUCGCACCUGUGGACCACCACCGAGACCGGCCACCGACGGCUGCAGUACGAUUUUGUGUGCUUUCGGGGGUUGCUGCGGCUCAUUGCCUGCACACCGUACGACUGGAAAACGCCGUGGAUUGUGCAGGCCAUACGCUACCGGGGCACCAUUUACCUGUGCGAAAGGAAAACGGCGGACCGGCUAGAGGCGGAACGGAACGAAACGGAGCAGCAGAAACGGUUCUGCUACUAUGGGUUCAAGUUCGAGCAGCACAUACUCACGGAGGAACCCGGCGCCGUGCCGGACACAUCGGCCCCGGUAAUGCUGGGCGAGGAAUUUUGCUCCAUGUUCGAUACGACGCUCGCCGGCCACCGGUUGCUGUACGGUGCGGAAAUGGAUGGGAUCGUUUCGAACAAACCGUUCGAUCGGGAAGAAAUUCUGCUGGACGAUUUGCGCCAGUGUGAGUUUGUGGAGGUGAAGGUCAAGCGCAAGGAAGCGACCUACCGGCAGGUGAACAACUUCUACCGGUUCAAGACGAAGAACUGGUGGUGCCAAAGCUUCCUGGUGAAUGUGCAACGGUUGGUGGUGGGUUUGCGGGAUGAUGAAGGGAUUGUGCGUGAAAUUAAGAUCAUGAAGCUGAGUGACAUUGAACGCGAAUCCCGUCCGUACUGGUCGCCAGCCGUCUGUAUGAACUUUUGUGCCGACUUCCUGUCGGAGGUGGCCCGCGUGAUGGGUAACACGGAUAACAGCAAAAAGAUCUAUCAGUUCGAAUUUGACUCGAGGGAAAGUAAGCACGUGCGGUACCGUGUGCUGGAGGAGGAUGCCCACCGAGAUGCGUUUCUUCCGGAUUGGUACACGCGCUACCUAGACGAUUUGCAACCUAAAUCGUAG